CGCGCACGUGUGAAGAGGAGGCAGAGCAGAGAGAGAGAGAGAGAGAGUGGGAGAUAGACGCGCGCGCUACCCAAACCCUACUACUACUCCUUCCACCUCCUCUUCCUCGCCGGCCGCGCCCGCGCCCGCCGCCGUCUGCACCGUCUCGUCGUCCAGCGGCCGCAGGUAGCCGUCCGUGUGCAGGAGUUCCCGCGCGAUGAGGGUCUCCUCGGCGUCCAGUACACCGCCGGCGCUCGCGGCCGCGGCAUGGGCGGUCGUCCUCCUCGCGGCGCUCCGCUCCGACGUCACCCUCGCCGCCACCGUCUCCUCCGACGACAACGCAGGGCUCUCGCCGACGAUGCCGCCGACGCCGCCGCUCGCCGCCCCGGUUCCUGCGGCGAUCCCUCCCGCCGCCGUCCUGUCUCGCAGGCUCCUCCGCCCGCCAGGCGCGGACGUCGCCGGCGGCGGCGGCGGCGGCGGAGGACGAGGAGCUGGAGUCCGGACGCACCGCGUGGACGACGGGUGCGCGGGGACGGAGGACAUCGCGAUCUACCAGGGGCGGGCGACGGCUCUGCCGAGCGGGGUGCCGGCGUACACGGUGGACGUGAUGAACCGGUGCGCCGGCGGCGACGACGAGUGCGCGAUCGCGGGCAUCCACGUGCGGUGCGGGUGGUUCAGCUCGGUGAGCCUGGUCGACCCGCGCGUGUUCCGGCGGCUGGGCCACGACGACUGCCUCCUCAACGACGGCCGCCCACUCCUCGCCGGCGAGACCGUCUCCUUCGAGUACUCCAACUCCUUCCCCUACCGGCUCUCCGUCGCCGUCGCCACCUGCGUCGCCCCCGCCGCCCCCUAGCCGCCGCGCCGGAAAGCCAGCUGCAGCAUCUCAAAACUUGGAAAAGGAAUAGUGCAAACGCAAAAGAGGAACAGUAACAUCCCUGCCUUAGGUUUUUUUUUUCUUUCUUUUUUGACUCCCAUUGCACUCACAACAGCUCACCAAUGUCCAGAUCACCCAGACUUUGCUACGUAGUACUGCUACUCCAAUUUGUAUGAAACCAUCAGAAUACUUCUACUACUAGACUUGUAGUAUAGCAUUAGAUGCAGUCGUUGCUGCUUCUUGCAUGCAGCUUGCAUUUUGCUAAGUUGCUGUCAAGCAGACCAAAGUGUAAUUAACCCUGUGUUUUUCUCUCUUGGGUCUUGACGCGGAUGAACAAAUGGAUUUUGUUUUUGUGGAGGUGGUUGCAGCACCGGAAUGAAUCACCUCACGUGUACCAGUAAUACAUGUGUGCAUGCAUUGAUGUGUGCAUGCAUUGCCUGCCUCCGGACGGUGACAGCUCGCCGGAACUGGUAUUAAU